AUGUUAGCGAUGCAGGGGUCCUGUGUGAGACACGCUUGCGGGGUGUCGUAUCACAGCCGUGCACCUCGCAGCCGCCCCCUGGUGCGCGCCGCUGCUGAAGAUCAGCCACACGAGGCAUCCGGGAGGCGGCGGGCUGUGCUGGCGGGCGGCGCGCUGCUGGGCGGCCUGCUGCUGCCGCGGGUCGGCGGCGGCGGCGCCGCCAGUGCUGCCGGGGCUGGCAGCACGAGCAGCAUCUACGACCUGUCUGCGGCCAUGGAGGAGCGGGAUGUGGCGCUCUCAAAGUAUCGAGGCCAGGUCGUGCUGGUGGUCAACGUCGCCUCGGCGACGCUGUACGAGAAGUACAGGCGCGACGGGUUCACCAUCCUGGCCUUCCCCUGCAACCAGUUCGGAGGCCAGGCCCCCGGCAGCUCCCAGGAGGAGCGCGACUUUGCCCGCAAGAAGUUUGGGCUGGAUGAGCUGGAGGUGUACGACAAGAUUGAGGUCAACGGGCCGGGCACCCACCCCAUCUACCGCGUGCUGAAGCGCCAGCAGCCCAUCAGCCAGCCCUCCUCCUCGCCGCCGCCCCCUGGGGAGCCCGGCCGCAUCGAGUGGAACUACACCAAGUUCCUGGUGGACAGGGAUGGCGUGGCACGCAAGCGCUUCAAGCCCGCCUUUGACCCGCUGGAGUUUGAGGCCGAUGUGCGACUGCUGCUGGCCGGCAAGGACCCGCUGCCCAGCGAGUGCAUCAUGCACCCGGGGAGGAUGGUCUGCAAGGUGGACAUCUGA